UCCUGAGGAAGACGAUGAUGGUGACGAUACACCAGUUCAAAUAAAUGCGAAGAAGUUGCUUAAUAAAAUCACGACAGAGGUAGAGAAAGCUAUUAAAAAUGAAAUGCGGGAAUUGAAUGAAUCGUUGCAAUUUCAUAGUGCUAAGCUUGAGGAGGUCGUUGAAUGCAUUGAUGCUUUCAAACAAAGUAUAAAAGUGCUGGAACGAAAAAAUGUGGAGCUAAUGAAUAGGAACAUUAAUUUAGAAACACGAGUCGGAGCACUUGAGCAGAGGCUCCAUGAAAUUGAACAAGAAAAGCUUAUAAAUUGCGUCGAAAUCGCUAACGUUUCUUACCCAAGCACUGAAGACUUGAGUAAAAUAGUGGAAAGUGUGGCAAUAAAACUAAAACAACCCCUUGAAAGCGUCAAGAAUUCGCAAAGACUCCCAGGAAAAAAAGACCAACCAAUGAACAUCAAGGUCGAAUUGAAAGAUGAGUCCGAUCAAGAAAAAUGGAUUUUGGCUGCCAAAUCAAGUAAAAUCAUAGUAGCUGACAUAUGCCCUAAUGAGAAGAAUAACCACAAUGUAGUAUUUAUAAGAGAAGCGAUGACCAAAUCUAACAAAACUUUACUUUGGAAUGCGAAACAGGAGCUAAAAACCAACAAAAAUUAUAAGUAUGUUUGGUUCAAAAAGGGUUGUGUAAAGGCGCGCAAGGAAGAAGGAUCUAAAAUAUAUUCCCUUAGAACCCUGGAGGAUAUUCACGCACUAGCAAAUAAGUAAAUAGCUAUAAGGCUGCUUUAAUUAGGCACUUAAUAGACUUUUAAACAACCUUUCAUUAGUAAGCUGGAAAGUAUAAUAGAUGAUAUUUAUGAAAUUGAAGAAUGUGUAAAUAUAAACGAUUUUUUAAGUAAUAUUGAAAAUAUGCAUAUAAACUUAUUGUGUGUUCAUAUUAACAUAAGGUCUUUGAUAAAAAACUUUACGACACUUGAGCAAUGCGUAUUGACUUCAAAGAAAUUAAUUGACGUUAUUAUUCUUACUGAAGUUAAUAUUUCGGAUAACAUCAGCUCUUUAUAUCAUUUGGAUGGUUACCAGAUGUUUACAGCACUAAGAAAGGAAAGAAAGGGUGGUGGAAUAAUCAUUUAUGUAAGUAAUAAGCACAAACUCAGCAUAAAUUCAUUAAAAACAAAAUAUUUUGAGAACAUUUCAUUUUCAAUUACCACUAACUCAAGUUAUACGGCUAACUUUUGUGCUGUUUACCGCCCCCCUGGUUCUAGUAGAAACCUCUUUGUUAAUGAACUCCAAUCUUUUAUAUGCAAACACUCAAAAGAUAAAGAUUUAUACUUACUAGGAGAUAUAAACAUAAACCUGAAACAAGAUGUUCCUAUAAAACAUAAAUACAGCAACAUGUUGCAUAGCUUAGGCCUUUUGUGUGGG